AAUUCAAAUAUGUAAUCUCAGGUAUUUCUUAUACUAAUGAUAAUAACUUGUCGAGUUUUAAUAAAGAUCUACCUAUAUGUUUUUCUAUCGAGAAUAAGAUGACAAAUGUUUUAAUUUACAUGAAUCAUACUAUGCGCAGUAGCGACUGUGACACUUGGCGAGAUCACCUGUACCAAUUUGCUAAUUAAGGAGAAUAGGGCGCGACCAGCACUUUGCCCCAUAAUCUUUACACUGCUCUGUGUGGAAUCAUGUUUCUGACGACCAUUGUAAUACUUGUCUCAACGCUGAGAGUUCAAGGGUUCUGCGGCGAUAGUAUUCGCUGGUCGCACCAUUUCAAGAUGGACGAUGUCUUCGGUAUGUGGUACGGAGCGGGGUACGCGCAGCACACACCUGACAUGACUAAUAAACCUAACGAAAUUGGUUGCGUCACUUUGUACAUUACUGACGUGACCACGGAGCCCCGCGAAGACUGGUUGGAUUGGUCCAUUAUCCGGCCUAACUAUUCCGAUUACAAUUGGCGCUCGUACAAGAGUAAUCCGUGGUCAGAUAAUUCAAUGUCCGGAUCUUGGGUUGAUGUUAAAAUCAAGAGGAGCGUUCGGAGAGACAUGUACAGUGAGAGACGUCUGCGAAUUAUUUGGGAUGAAGAUGGUCAAAGUAUGGAGCAGACGUAUGAAUAUUCGACUGACGAACCUGGUUUAUGGGUUGCUGAGGAUAGAAGACAGCUUGAAAGAGAAAUGCGAGCUAGAGGAAUGGAUAUUUGGGAUCCAAACGUGCUUCCGAGACAUCCGCAAGUAAUAAGAAUCCUAAAAGCAUCUCAGCAUUUAUUGAUCAUCAAUCAUUGUUCGGAAAUAGGCGACGGUGGUAUUUUCACGCUUAUCUUGAGGAGAUCACCGUCAAAAAUGAAUAGGUGGGAGUGGUAUGACUAUCAGAGACAGUUCUUUAGCUUUGAUCUGCCAAAUAUGUACCGUUAUUCAACUAUUUGUGCUGGCUGUGUUCUAGGCAGUUCAUUAUAUUUUGUUUUCUUGUGUUACAUAAUUUUAUUGAUAAGGCAUUGUGUUUAAAGCAUUUUAAUUAAAAUAAUUAUUUCUAAUUCGUUCUUGUUGACAAAUUUAGAAUGAAAUAUUUAAUAAGAAUUCAACCAAAGACAAUAAAUUAUAACAUUCACAUUCAUACAUAACCAAAUUAUAACGUUAAAUGUUUAAAAUUUUGUAUUUAUUUUAGUUUU